UGCGAUAUCUGUAAAAUCGCCAAACCGGAUCGGUGUCACCACUGUUCAGAAUGCAAUUGCUGUGUAUUGCGGAUGGACCAUCAUUGCCCCUGGGUGAAUGGAUGCAUUGGGUUUGGCAACUACAAGUACUUCUACCUGUUCACCUUUUAUGGCUCUAUUUCGGCACUCUGGGCUACAGCAACU